ACGGAGCGCACGCCGGCGCCGCCUCCUCCCCCGCUUCCCGCCGGCCGCGCCGCCGUCGCCACCAUGAUGCUGCUGGGCCGCGGGCUGGACGCCAGGGACAAUCAGACUAGACAAAUGCAAGAUGCUGUUUCAAAUGUGGAAAAACAUUUUGGUGAAUUGUGCCAAAUAUUUGCUGGAUAUGUACGUAAAACUGCCAGACUACGAGACAAAGCAGAUCUUCUAGUAAAUGAAAUAUAUGCAUAUGCAGCUACAGAGACACCAAACUUAAAAGUUGGACUGAAAAACUUUGCAGAUGAAUUCUCCAGACUGCAAGAUUAUCGCCAGGCAGAGGUUGACAGGCUGGAAGCCAAGGUUGUUGAACCUCUGAAAUCUUAUGGGACCAUAGUGAAACUUAAAAGGGAUGAUCUUAGAGCAACUUUAACAGCAAAGAACCGAGAAGCCAAGCAAUUAUCUCAACUGGAAAAGACACGUCAGCGAAAUCCAUCAGAUCUACACAUUAUUUCACAGGCUGAAAAUGAACUGCAGAGAGCAACACUGGAUGCUACUCGAACAACUCGGCACUUGGAGGAAACCAUAGAUAAUUUUGAGAAACAGAAGAUAAGGGACAUCAAAAACAUAUUUUCUGAAUUUAUAACUAUUGAAAUGUUGUUCCAUGGGAAAGCUUUAGAAAUAUAUACUGCUGCCUAUCAAAAUAUCCAAAAUAUUGAUGAAAAUGAAGAUUUGGAGGUUUUUCGGAGCUCCCUUUAUCCACCAGACUAUCAGUCUCGCUUAGACAUAGUUCGUGCAAAUUCCAAGUCCCCCCUGCAAAGAACUGGCUCCUCAAAAUCUUCACUGAGAACAGCACAGAUUUCCCGUAGAAUGCUAAGAAAAGAUGAAGAAGAGGAAGAGGAGGAAGAUGAAGAUUCUGAAGAGGAGGAUGAGGAGGAUGAAUUUGAUGCUAAUAAGGAAGCUUUCAUCAGGUUCAGAUGACUUUUGAUUCCUUUACACAUACAGAAUGAACAGUCACUAAUGAGGACCUGGCCCAGUAUCUUAUGUUCAAUGCUGCUUUGCUUUUAAAUAAAAGUGCCUUCAUGAUUAAACUAGUGGAUAUUUUAUGUAGUUGAUCUUUAUUAUAUUAGUUGACAUGCUAUACUUAAUUCAAAUUUCAUGUGUUUAGCUGCAUGAUUCAGUUACUUGUUCCAUCAAACAUACAAGAAACUACACAUUUUGAGUGUAAUUUCUUAUCUGAUUUGGAGUUACAGGUUGCAUGUGUUCAUUUUAUAACAGUGUAUGGUUGUCCGCCACACUUGCUACCACACUGUUCCCCUCCAGCUUUAGUAUCUGCUAAAGAACAAAUGCAGAAGGAAUUUAAACUUGUGACUGGGAAAACAAGUUAUAACAAAAUCUUCUUUCAGUUACAGAAAAAAAUCAGGAAGUGCAUUUAUAAUAUUGAUGCUACUUUUGUCCACUGAUGCAAUGCAUGCCUGUUUUGAAAUGUGAAAAAAACAGCUUUUGCCAAAAAUAAGAGAUGAAAAUAAGCAAAAAGUUCACAAUAUAGGGUUGUUUUAAACCCAAAACAUAAUUUUACACCAGCAUUACAUACCAGACAUUGAAGUACUUCUGGCAAGGAGUAAAUACUUAAGUACUUUUUAAAUACUUUAAAAAUAUCUACAUAAUUAAUUCCCAUUUAUUUCAGCAACUAAGGAACUUCCAUAAAUAGUCCUAUCAUUUCAGGAUUCUGGUGAUCACCACUUUACCAUUUCACACACACAAUGAAGUAGUCCAUCUCCAAAACAGAUGGCUGACUUCAAAAAAAUUUCAGGUUUUCGUGUAAUAUACAUAGAUACAAAUAGCAAAUAUUUGUGUACUAUGCCUUAAGAAAGCAAUUCUGAAAAAAAGGAGUUUUGUUUAGAUAAAUUGCCUUCUAAAAAUUUAUGCAGUUCACAAGCAUAAAAUUCAUUCUCCCUACAUCACAAAAAAAAGUCAACUUCAGGAAUCACAGAAAAACUUCCAGAAAAGUACCAUUAGGCAACUUUGUCCUGCAUGCAUAUAUGUCUUAACUUUGCAUGUUGCACAGAAAUUGUGAACUCAAAACUACAGAUUAAAAGUUCCUGACUAAAAUACUCCACAGCCA